UGGUCAGUAUUCUUUCAGCAGUGACACGUCGACUCGGUGAAAAACUGCAUCAAAAAUUUGUAUUUUGGGCUGAAAUAUUUGAAAAAUAACACCGAUUUAACAUGACUACCCUUGCUGAACAACCGUGUUAUACACUCGUUAAUAUAUUGAGUGAUUCUGAACCUCCUUCGGAGCAGAAACUCAAGGAAGACAUCGAAAAGGGUGAUAUCAAGAUCAAGAUAGAUGCUUUGAAGAAGGUCAUUCAGUUGAUUCUUAAUGGAGAAAAAAUGCCAACACUGUUGAUGACAGUCAUCAAGUUCCUGAUGCCACUACAAGACCACACCAUUAAAAAACUGCUUCUUAUCUUCUGGGAGAUUGUCCCUAAAACAGGACCAGAUGGGAAACUACUACAUGAAAUGAUUCUUGUCUGUGAUGCCUACAGAAAGGAUCUGCAACAUCCUAACGAAUUCAUCAGAGGGUCGACAUUGAGAUUCUUAUGCAAACUGAAGGAACCAGAGUUACUUGAACCUCUUAUGCCAGCUAUUAGGAACUGCUUGGAACACAGGCACUCCUAUGUGCGACGGAAUGCUGUUAUGGCCAUCUAUACCAUUUACAAGAAUUUUGAGUUUCUUAUCCCUGAUGCUCCAGAACUUGUCCAUACCUUCCUGGAACAGGAAGGGGAUGCUUCAUGCAAGAGAAAUGCCUUCAUGAUGCUAAUCCAUGUUGAUCAGGAGAGAGCCCUUGAGUACCUGAGCACAUGUAUUGACCAAGUGAACACUUUUGGUGAUAUCCUACAGCUGGUUAUUGUGGAACUUAUUUACAAGGUGUGUCAUGCCAAUCCAGCAGAACGUUCAAGGUUCAUCCGCUGCAUUUAUAACCUGUUGAACUCAUCCUCGCCUGCCGUUAGAUAUGAGGCUGCUGGUACUCUUGUCACCCUCUCAUCUGCACCUACUGCUGUCAAGUCUGCUGCAUCAUGCUAUAUUGAGCUGAUUGUCAAAGAAAGUGACAACAACGUCAAGCUGAUAGUACUGGACAGAUUGAUAAAGCUGAAGGAAAACCCAGCACAUGAGAAAGUACUGCAGGAACUUGUGAUGGAUAUUCUACGUGUUCUUGGCUCACCUGAUCCAGAAGUCAGAAAGAAGACUCUUCAGCUUGUGCUGGAUCUGGUUACUUCUAGAAACAUUCAUGAGGUUGUGGCGGUGCUUAAGAAAGAAGUGACAAAGACCCACUUUGAAAGUGAACAUGCAGACAUUGGUACUUACAGACAGAUGUUGGUUCGUACUUUACACACUUGCAGUGUCAAAUUCCCAGAUGUUGCCAAUUCCAUUGUUCCCUUGUUGAUGGAAUUCCUGGGUGACAGCAAUGAACAAGCAGCUUUCGAUGUCUUGGUGUUUGUACGGGAAGCAAUCCAGAGGUUUGAGCAGCUCAAACCAAUUAUCAUGGAGAAGCUGCUGGAGAAUGUGCACAUGAUCAAGAGUGUCAAGAUACAUCGUCAUGCCCUCUGGAUCCUUGGGGAAUAUGCCACAGCCAAACCAGAGAUCAUGAAUGUAAUAGAAGAGAUCCAGAAGGGACUUGGGGAGGUGCCAAUUGUUGAUGAUGAACUAAGAAAAGCAGCUGGAGAUAUGCCUGAAGCUGGGGAGGAAGCCCCUGCGGCAGGAGGAGGAGGGCAGCGGCUGGUCACUGCAGAUGGUACCUAUGCUACACAGAGUGCAUUCUCACAGCCUGGGUCCACUCCAGGACUUGCAAAACAGAGUGAAGAGAAAAGACCUCCUCUUCGUCAGUACUUGAUGGAUGGGGAGUUCUUUGUUGGUGCUGCUAUCGCUGGUACACUUUCUAAACUAGCUUUACGUUACUUGGAACUUGAACAUGAAGAAAGCAAGAAGAAUACGUUUUGUGCCAACUGCAUGCUCAUCAUGUCAAGUAUCCUGCACCUUGGAAAAUCAGGCCUGCCUAACAAGGCUAUCAACGAUGAUGAUGUAGACCGUAUCUCUAUGUGCAUCCGUGCUGUGGCUGAGCGUACACCACUCAUGCAAAAGAUCUUCACCUCAGAUUGUCGUGAAUCACUGUCAGCCAUGCUUGACGCCAAUAAACGCAUGGAAGAUGACCAGAAAGUCAAGGCUAGUGCAGAUAAAGUGAUAGCAAUCCAGGCUGAUGACCCAAUAUCAUUCCUGACGUUACUCUCCAAGUCUGAAAGUGGAAUCACUGAGGAUCAGUUUGCAGCAAGUUUGUCACAAGCUGUUGGAACAUCAUCAUUGAAGAAUGAUGAGGAACUGCAAAGCUCAAAACUCAACAAGGUAGCCCAAUUGACAGGUUUCUCAGAUCCAGUCUAUGCUGAGGCUUAUGUCAACGUCAAUCAAUACGACAUUGUAUUGGAUGUACUGAUUGUCAAUCAAACCGCUGAUACCCUGCAGAACGUGGCUCUAGAGCUUGCUACCUUGGGUGAUUUGAAGCUGGUGGAGAAGCCCCAACCAAUCCUACUGGGCCCUAAUGAUUUCUCCAACAUCAAGGCCAACGUGAAGGUAUCUUCGACUGAAAAUGGAAUUAUCUUUGGCAAUAUCGUUUAUGAUGUUAGCGGUGGUAGUGGUGAUCGUAACUGCGUUGUUCUUAAUGAUAUUCACAUUGAUAUCAUGGAUUACAUCCUGCCUGCUUCCUGUACCGACUCUGAAUUCAGACAAAUGUGGGCCGAAUUCGAAUGGGAAAACAAGGUGACGGUAAACACGAACAUUGCUGACCUGAAAGAAUAUCUGGACCACCUGAUCAGAUGCACCAACAUGCAGUGUCUUACUCCUGAAAAGGCUCUGGAAGGGUCCUGUGGCUUCAUGGCAGCCAACCUGUAUGCGCGCAGUAUUUUUGGUGAAGACGCGCUGGCCAAUGUAAGCAUCGAGAAGCUGCAUGAUCAGACUGGUGUAACUGGACACGUUCGCAUCAGGGCUAAAAGUCAGGGAAUGGCUCUAAGCCUCGGUGACAAGAUUAAUCUCUCACAGAAGAGCAACAAAAAUUAAAAUCGAAAGUAAAACUACAAGAUAUUUCCAGACGUUUUGUCACAAAUGUGUCGAGAAUUGAUAAUUGAUUAUUAGAUAAUGUGAUGAUUAGAAGAUUAAAAUAAACUGAAAAUCAAAACA